AUGUUCUUCCACGAAGAAGCUGAAGCGGUUCAUUCCUCAUACUUCCCGGUUCUUGAAACCAUGUUCACUCCAAGUGAAAUAGAGGAGCUAUUUUCCCUCGUUAACGAACCGGCCAGCCCCGGGUUGGGAUCCGGUUCACAAGGUUCGAACCGGGAAGUCCGGUCCAUGCACGAGAGAAAGCUUAGGCGAAUGCAGUCGAACCGGGAGUCGGCCAGGCGGUCCCGCUGGAGAAAGAAGCGGCAUUUGGAGAACCUCACGAACCAACUGAACCGGUUGAGAACGGAAAACCAAGAAUACAAAAACCGGUUAUUCUUAACCAUGCACCAGAAUCUUCUACUUUCCGUGCAGAAUGAACGUCUUAGAUCCGAAUCCGUGACCCUUAUGGCUAGACUCUCGGAUCUUUAUCAAAAUUUAGGCACCAUGAUGAUUUCACAAUAG